UAGGGGGAGGCCAGUGCCCAGAUAGGACUAGAGGCAGAGCUGAGGCAUCAUGGAGGAGAGCACGGCAGACUCCAGGAACUUCAUUGACAACCCAGCAGACAUCAUUGUCAUCGCUGGCUACUUCGUUUUGGUCAUCGGGGUCGGUCUGUGGUCCAUGUGUCGGACAAACCGGGGGACCAUUGGAGGAUACUUCUUGGCUGGGAGAAACAUGAUAUGGUGGCCGGUUGGGGCCUCUCUCUUUGCCAGCAACAUUGGGAGUGGACAUUUUGUGGGCCUGGCCGGGACAGGUGCAGCAAGUGGACUAGCUGUGGCAGGAUUUGAAUGGAAUGCCCUCUUCGUGGUGUUGCUCCUGGGCUGGCUGUUUGCACCAGUGUACCUGACAGCAGGAGUCAUCACUAUGCCCCAGUACCUGAGAAAGCGAUUUGGGGGUCAUCGAAUCCGUCUCUACCUUUCAGUGCUCUCGCUCUUCCUCUACAUCUUCACCAAAAUCUCUGUAGACAUGUUCUCUGGGGCUGUGUUCAUUCAGCAGGCUCUGGGCUGGAACAUCUAUGCCUCUGUUAUUGCCCUCCUGGGCAUCACCAUGAUCUACACAGUGACAGGUGGCCUGGCUGCACUGAUGUACACAGAUACUGUCCAGACUUUCGUCAUUCUUGGGGGAGCAUUCAUUCUCAUGGGCUACGCCUUCAAUGAGGUGGGCGGAUAUACAGGCCUCUUUGCCAAGUACUUGGAAGCCAAGACCACACAAACCUUUUCUGAGGACCCCAUGGUGGGCAACAUCUCUCCCUCCUGCUACCAGCCCCGUGCUGACUCGUUUCACCUCCUCCGGGACCCAGUGGCCGGGGAUCUGCCUUGGCCAGCCCUGCUGAUAGGGCUCACCAUUGUCUCUGGCUGGUAUUGGUGCAGUGACCAGGUUAUUGUACAGAGAUGCCUAGCUGGAAAGAACUUGACCCACAUUAAGGCUGGCUGUAUCCUGUGUGGCUACCUGAAGCUGCUGCCCAUGUUCCUGAUGGUCAUGCCAGGAAUGAUUAGCCGAAUUCUCUUCCCAGAUAAGGUGGCAUGUGUGGCUCCAGAAGUGUGUAAGCAGAUCUGCGGUACAGAGGUUGGCUGUUCCAACAUUGCCUACCCCCUCCUGGUGGUGAAACUCAUGCCCAACGGUCUUCGGGGACUAAUGCUGGCUGUCAUGCUGGCUGCACUCAUGAGCUCCCUGGCCUCCAUCUUCAACAGCAGUAGCACCCUCUUCACUAUGGAUAUUUAUACAAGGUUACGGCCCCGAGCUGGAGACAAAGAGUUACUGCUGGUGGGCCGGCUCUGGGUGCUAUUUAUUGUCGCAGUCUCAAUUGCUUGGCUCCCUGUGGUCCAGGCUGCACAAGGUGGUCAGCUCUUUGACUACAUCCAAGCCAUCUCCAGCUACCUGGCCCCACCAGUUUCAGCUGUUUUUGUUCUUGCUCUCUUUGUGCCCAGGGUCAAUGAACCUGGUGCCUUUUGGGGGUUAAUUGGGGGCCUCCUAAUAGGGUUGGCUCGCCUCAUCCCAGAGUUCUCCUUUGGCACUAGCAGCUGUGUCCGACCCUCCUCCUGCCCUGGUCUCUUCUGUGGUGUCCACUAUCUCUACUUUGCCAUUGUGCUUUUUGUCUGUUCCUGUAUUUUAAUUCUCACCAUCUCCUUCUGCACAACACCGAUCCCCCAAAAGCAUCUUCACCGCCUUGUGUUCAGUCUCCGUCACAGUAAAGAAGAACGGGAGGACCUAGACACAGAUGAGCAGGAGGCAGAAGCCCCUGAAUCUCCUGUGCCGAACGGCCAAUUGGAACAUGCAGUAGAGAUAGAUGAACCACCACGAGAAACCCCAGGCUUACUCCGCCACUGCCUGCUCUGGUUCUGUGGGAUGAGCGGAAGUAGUCCAAGUAGCUCCUCACCUCCCACAGCUGAAGAAACAAGAGCCCAGCAACUGGAAGACAUUAGUGAGGAUCCCCGAUGGUCUCGGAUUGUCAACCUCAAUGCAUUGCUCAUGAUGGCAGUGGCAGUUUUCCUAUGGGGUUUUUAUGCCUGAGACCUCUGAUAGUGGAGCACUGGUGAUGCAGUGCUAUCCUGGCUCUCUGCUGUUGGGAAUUGGGGGGAGGAGGGGAGAAGGAACUGGGAAGCUGGGCAACUCCAGCACUGAUACUGCUGGAAUCUAGGAUAAACAAUCUAAGAGGAAUAAAAACAAGCCCUAGCAUGA